UUACACUAUCAUUCUCUCUAGUUCUCAUUUUCCCUCCCUUUCUAUCUCGUUCAAGAAAGGCCAAGAAAAUCCUCUCUCAUCCAAGAAACACCAAGAAAACACAAAAAUGAAGAAACCCUUUUGCUUUUUCUUGAUACACAUUGUGUUCUUGGUGCUGUUUUGUUCACUUUUUUCACACGCAAGACCAAUCCCUCAAACAGACCCAGAUUAUCUCAAGUUUGUGUUAAAUGCCACUGAAUUUCCAUCAGAGGACUACUAUGAUUACAUUGUUGUCGGAGGAGGCACCACUGGCUGCCCAUUGGCAGCGACAUUGUCGCAGUCAUAUAGAGUUCUUUUACUUGAACGUGGCGGUGUUCCUUUUGGAAAACACAAUUUGAUGAGUCAAGAUGGCUUCUUGUCAACCCUAAAUGAUGUGGAUACCUUCGAUUCACCUGCCCAAGCCUUCACGUCGGAGGAUGGUGUCCCUAAUGCAAGAGGUCGAGUUCUUGGUGGCAGCAGUGCCAUCAAUGCUGGAUUUUAUAGCCGAGCUGACCCGGCUUUCUUUCAGCAAUCAGGUGUGAAAUGGGACCUCAACAUUGUGAAUCAGGCCUAUGAAUGGGUUGAGAAGGCAAUUGUGUUUAGACCAGAGCUUAGAAACUGGCAAUCUGCUGUUAGAGAUGGACUUCUGGAGGCUGGGGUUGAACCAUAUACUGGUUUCAGUUUGGAGCAUGUGGUUGGCACAAAGAUUGGAGGCUCUACCUUUGAUGGUUCAGGGAGGAGACACAGUGCUGCUGAUCUUCUUAACUAUGCAAAUGCAGCCAAUAUUCAAGUUGCAGUUCAUGCAAGUGUGGAAAGAAUCCUAUUAGCAUCCACUUCUCAGUAUUCAAGGUCUCGGCUGUCGGCUAUUGGAGUAGUUUACCGUGAUAAGAAAGGAGGGUAUCACCAUGCAAUGGUGCGUGAAAAAGGUGAAGUGAUGCUAUCUGCAGGUGCCAUUGGGAGUCCACAGCUACUCUUAAUAAGUGGCAUUGGUCCAAGGUCCUACCUUUCAUCUUUGGGGAUUCCAGUGGCCUACCAUCUUCCAUAUGUGGGGCAAUACCUCUAUGAUAAUCCUCGCAAUGGGAUCUCUAUUGUGCCUCCAAUGCCACUGGAGAAUUCACUGAUUCAGGUGGUUGGUAUUACUGAGGUGGGAGCUUAUCUUGAAGCAGCUUCGACAGUUAUCCCUUUUGUAUCCCCUUCCCGUGCUGUUUUCUUUAGGACACCUUCCAUCUCACCUUUAUAUCUGACAGUGGCCACGCUUAUGGAGAAAAUAGCUGGACCACUUUCAACGGGGUCCCUAAGGCUGGCUUCCACGGAUGUUAGAGUGAAUCCAAUUGUGCGCUUCAAUUACUUCUCCAAUCCUGUGGAUGUUGAAAGGUGUGUGAAUGGAACACGCAAGAUUGGGGAUGUGCUGAGGAGUAGGUCUAUGGAGGACUUCAUGUUCCGGGGAUGGUUUGGAGCUCGAAAUUUCCGGUAUGUGGGGCCUGCAUUGCCUGUAGACCUUUCUGAUUUUACUCAGAUGGCUGAAUUUUGUCGCCGGACUGUUAGCACCAUAUGGCAUUACCAUGGUGGCUGUGUUGUGGGAAAGGUGGUUGAUCGUGAUUACCACCUGAUCGGUGUUGGUGCACUUCGAGUUGUUGAUGGCUCAACAUUGACUGUGUCACCAGGGACCAAUCCUCAGGCCACUUUGAUGAUGCUUGGGAGAUAUCUUGGGUUAAAGAUAAUUAGAGAGCGGAUGAAAUUUAAUUGAUUCAUUUUCCUGAGCUGAGGACUUUCGCACCGCUGUGCAGUCGGUCUUUGAUCUACAUGGGUUUGCUUUCCUUUUCACUAAACCAGCCAUCACAUGCUGUUGUUAGAAAAGAAGAAAGGUAGCAAUGAAUAUAUGAAUUUGAUGUAGUCUGUUUUUGGAAUUUGUGUACUUUGCAUGUAAAUCAAAUUCUGUGUGUGUGUAUCUGGUCUAGUUCUUGAUUCUUUUUUUCUAUAAAAGAAAUUUAUGCUGAGUGAAAACCGGGCUGUGAAAACAUGAGCAAUGAGCUGGUCCUUCAUGCAGCAGUGGUUUGACUGUAAAGAAAUAAUCCGUUCUCUUAUUAUGAAGUGAAAUACUGCAAUGUU